CGUGUGAUAUACGUAAGUAAUUACGCGCUUGCGCAAAGGUUGUUUACAACUGCGGAGCUCACGAUACACACACAUGACCUUUUCAAGAUGGACACGAGUAUACUCAAUGGUAGAAUCCCGCGUGCGACGUAAACGUGCCAUUAUAAAUCGAUCAUUACAACAAUAAUAACACCAAAAAAAAAAAAGGUAAAUCCAAAGAAAAACUUAUAAAACAACAGCUUGUACAUAUUGACUGUCUUUACAAUAAUAGUGACGUUUGAGUAUUUGAGUAAAAUAAAGUGUCAAGUGUCUACAUCAAGGGAUUAAAAACAGAAGUGACGCUGCGUCGUGGUGGCAGUAACGACAGCAAUCAAAUAUGUACAAAUUUGCCUGAAAAAAUCUCUAAUUAUGUGAACAAUCCAACAAGGAUAAAUCCUCGCUACUAAGUAGAACCCAACUAAUCAAAAUAAAGACGAUUUUAUUCACAACGACGGCGAUGUCUUCUAGUCGGGGUCAGUCAACAUCAUCGGGGCCCAUAGUACGCUGUGGACAUCUCCGUAAAAGUGGUUCCCUGAUAUCAGGGUUAAAACCUCUGAAAAAAAAGUACUUCGUAUUGCGCGGAGACUCUCCAGGGCACCCGGCAUGUCUCGAGUACUACGAUAACAAGAAAAAGUUUGACAACAAGCAGCAGCCAAAGCGUACAAUUACCAUGAAAAGUUGCUACAAUAUUAAUCGGCGUAAUGACACCAAACACAAGUAUGUAAUUGCGCUCUACACUAAGGACGGGUGCUUUUCCCUGAUACUCGACAGUGAUAAAGAUGUCGAUGAUUGGCUCACCGCAAUGCUGCUCCUUUCCGGUGAUGUUCCUGAUGGUGAAUUACCACGUCCUACAUUCGAACACGUGUGGGAAGUUACUUUGCAAAAGAAAGGUCUUGCUGAACGGAUGAACAUAAAUGGAUCCUAUCGGCUUUGUUUGACUGAUCAUUCGCUGAGUUUAAUAAAAGCUGGGGACAAAAAAUCCGACUGCCUUGAAUUUCUACUGACAACUGUUCGAAGAUGCGGGUGCAUGGAGCGUUAUUUUUAUAUGGAAGUCGGGCGUUCAGCAGUGACCGGUGAAGGAGAGUACUGGAUGAAAGUCGAAGACGCAAAUAUUGCUCUUAAUAUGCACACGGCAAUAUUAAACGCGAUGAGCAGCAACGCGAGCAAUCGCGACAAAGAAGAUUCAGCGUCUCUGUCAUCAAAGACACGAAUGCGAAGUUUUUCGGCGAAUGAAGCGAGCAAGCCGAUAAGUGUUCUAGGCGUUCGACGUCCCACUUCUAAGCUACACGGUUUUUCACCUUUGGAAGAGCAAACAGAUCAUGAGGAUCCAUCUGUACUUAAUGGACAUGUACUGGAUAAUAGAGAGCUGAAUUCUGAAUCAGCUACUGCUACUACAUCAAUCAGUUGUAGUCAAUCACUGAUUCCCACGUCUGCAAAUUUAAUUACGGUUGGUGCAGGACCUAGAAGCCUUGGGACUUAUACGAUCGGUGGUUCAGCUACCAAAAGACGUCAUUCAUUAGCGACCCAGUCGAUCUGUACCAAUAAAUCCCAAUCCAUAAUCACAGAUGUUGCAUCACCAAUAUCAUCUCCAACAUCAACAACUACUUGUACAUCUUCAACAACAAUCAACACAAACUCUACGACAAAAUCCCAUCAGAGAACCCUGUCGCUGCCCUUAGCCGCUGUUAUCAAUCAAACGCAAUCAUCCAAAAGACCCGUAUUACGCUGUACAGGUCGUGACCGUUGCGACAGUCUUCCAUCGCGAGCACGGACCACCAGCGAAGGGCUCCCAACACCUCUGCUACCUCACCCUCGAACGAGCCACCUGACGCCUCACCCGACGCGUCCUCACUCAAUGUACACCCGGGGUCUAUCUUACUCGCCGCCAGUGUCAUCAAUGCCGAUAAGCCCGGCGUCUAACGCGUGUUCCACGGAUUCCGCUGGUUCCUCUCUAUCAAUGGACGAUCAGACAGACAUCAUGGACGAGAGCGUGACUGCGGGUCGGUACGGCCACUCUUUGACCCCUGACGAGCCGGUGAUCCUCGAGGAGAACAUGGACGACUACGCUCAUUGGUCAACGAGUUCCCACUUGCAGCAAAAGUACUCGCCUAACUUCAAGUCUCACUCCUCAUCCCAGCAGAGUUCCUACGUAGAGAUGUACAGCCCCUGUGGAUCCAGUCCCGGUCGUGGAACUUUGGGACCCGGUCAAGGAGGAGUUCAGAACAACUUUCCCGGGAAUGGUCCCAAUUCCGGGAUCUACUGUCCCAAUUCUGGAGCGUACUUGCCGAUGAGUCCAGGAACGGCAGUCCAUAGUCACUCUCACUCGCGAGCUUCGUCAUUAAUCGAAGAAGCGACGUUGCCUGACGGCUACGUCCCCAUGGCUCCAGUUCGCGAUGACGAGUACGUCGACAUGGACCCCGUGAACCAAAACGGACACUCAUACCACGACGAUAUGAUGUCCCAACACGGAAGCAGCUGCUCGGUAACUUCUGGAACGCCUAGUACUGAUCUGCGCUUCAGUGAGUACCCGCUGGACAAAGUUGCCAGUUAUCUAACUCCUUCUGAGGAGGAUCCGACGAGACCAACGCGUGCCUACUCGGUGGGUUCCAGACCCGAUCCAGCGAAUCGUCACCGUAAAAACCGCAUCGACAUCGCGGUCCAAGAAGCUAAUCGCGUACGUGCCUUCAGUGUCGGAAGUCGCUCAAAGCGCCCGGAACUGGGUCGUCUUGCGGCGAAUGUUCACGCACGUCUGCCUACUACUGACGGUACUGGGAACUCAAAGUCUAAUUCCGCGCCAUUGCUGUCAAGCUCUUGGGGCCACGCUUCAGGGUGCUCUGUUAACUUGGACAGGAUGGAAGAUCUGAUGGAAAUGGACUUCUCAAGGAAUGUACCGCCUACGACGCUGUCGUCUACACCAUCUUCGUGCUCACAUUCGCACUCUCACUCGCAUUCUUAUUCCACUGCCACUGAUAACAGCUCGUACAUAGACAUGUCGCCAGGACAACCUCAUCCGUCGGUUAAUGCUCCUUAUGUUGAUAUGAGCGGUAUCAGCAAGAUAAAUCGUAAUAAUAAUAAUAACCUUAAUAACAAUAACAAUAACAAUAAUAAUAAUAACAACAACAACAACAAUACAACUGCCAAUCAUAAUCAUAAUACAAUGCAUACAUCGACAAUAACAAUGAUGCAUAAGCCAAUAAUAAAGACUUUAAAGCCAGUCGUUGAGGCUGAAGGACCAUUUGUACGUAUGGAAGAAUCCCUGGAAGAGUUAUUACCGCGGAAUAUUAGCCCUAAGCAAAAUCAACAGGUUUCCUCGCCCAUGCAAGAGGAUUAUAUGCAAAUGAAUGGACCACCAGGUGUAAUGAGAACAGCGCCAGUAGAUUUUCCUCAGCCGCGUAAGCCACCAGAAGGCUACGUAGAAAUGAAUUUCAAAGCGCGGCCAACCAUGGAGCAGAAUUAUAUCAACAUGACAAUGGGCUCAGGAUUGAGAACACGCCGACGAUCAAGACCCAGCAACCACCGCAAAGAGAAAUCCCAAAGAUCCCAACCAAUCUCAAUAAUGUCAAACAAACCAGCUCAGGCGCCGAGUUUCUUGCCGCUGAAUGGAAGCUCGACUUCCGAAAGUUGCGCAAGCACCCCAGCGUCAACGGAUGACGCGACACCUACGUCAUCUGCGACGAUAUUCCCAUUUUCUCUCAACAGUCCUCAGUCUCCCGUGAAGCCUUUUGGCCGUUCGUCCGGAAACGGCAACGAUAACGACGAUAACAACGAGGACGACAAAACCAAGAGCAUGACUACGUCAUCAGAGUGUUCGCCUGACGGUGACUACGCACUCAUGACUCCUGGAACGGUUCCAGCAGGAACGGUUCCCCCCGCCACCACUAACAUACCCACCAAUAGCAACAGCAGCGCCACUAGCGCCACCUCGGCGGAUUCCGAGAACAAAGAGCGCUCUGGAAGUCCAAUUCAAUUAAACGCCGCGAAAACGGAACCAUUGAGUCCGUUGUCGAAGCGACUGACAGAAUUGUCGGUCAGCAAAAAUCGAUCGUCUCCUCAAACUGUUUCAUCCUUCGGAACGUCUUCGAUAAAAGACUUGACCGAUAAAUCAGAAACAAAAAGCCUUAAGCGCGAACGCGAGGACAAACCACCUAGUCCAGUUAAUCGCGACAAGUCAACAGAACUGCCCCAGAGUCCAGUUGCUAAAAAACUCUCUGAGUUAACGGUUUCUAAAGUUAAAAUAAGCAAUUCACCAAACGCAAGUCUUACGCCUUGCAAUGCCUCGUCGAAGACUUCGGUACUCACAAGUUCAUCGUCUUCGUCUUCGAAAGCGACGUCGCCUAAAAUUCCAGAUGAUACCACACCGACACUAACGCCAACUGCCACUCCUACACCAACUCCGAGUCCUCUUGAUUCUGAAGGGUACGAAAAGUUACAGCCAGGUGCUACCUUGCUGCAUUACGCCAGUUUGGAUCUUCCGGAAUCAAGCGGCCCACCGGUUUCGCCUACUCCUGCUCAGGAUGGAUUUAGGUAUGCUGAAAUAGACUUUGCCAAGCUCAGACAAAAUUAACUACUAUAAUAAUAAUAAUAAUAAUUAUUGUUAUUAUUAUUAUUAUUAUUAUUGAAAAUUUUAUGUUUAUUUAUUUAUUUAAUAACAUUUUUUAAUGGAUUACUCUAUGCCAUUUAUUUUGUUUAAUUAAUCAAAGACUUCCGAAUAGUUUAGUCGAGAUUUUAUUAUUUUCAAUUUAUCGGUUAUGAUAUACCUGUAUAUCUGUUUGAAUUGCAUAUGUUUGUAAAUAGUCAAAGUAAAUUUAUAAAGAUGCUUUAAUGUUAAUUAUUGAUUAAUCUUUCUCUCUCUCUCUUUCUAUUCUUGUUUUUGUCACGGUGAAAACCGUUUUGUGUUUAUUUUUUUAACGAAUGCUGAUGAUUUUUACGCGCUUGUGGAAAUUUAUAAUGAUGAGUGCUUAAAAAUUAGGUAUCAAUUAAAUAUUUAAAUGUAUACCUAUAAACUAAAAUUGUGGAGUAGAGUGGGAGGUUGAUGUCUAUGUGAA